AUGGCUGGAAGGAACGAUGCUGCAAUUGCUGCUGCAUUGGAGGCGGUGGCUCAGGCUUUGGAACAUCUGUCGAACGUUGGUGAGAAUGCUGCGUCUCGCAAUUUGGCUACCUUCCAAAGAGAGAAUCCACCUGUCUUCAAGGGCACUCAUGAUCCUGAUGGCGCAUUGACAUGGCUGAAGGAGAUUGAGAGAAUCUUCCGUGUGAUGGAUUGUACUCCAGAUCAAAAGGUUCGAUAUGGGACUCAUAUACUAGCAGUCAAGGCGGAAGACUGGUGGCUGGAGACUCGUCAGAGGUUGGAGGCUAAUGGUGAGGAGAUCACUUGGGUUGUGUUCACUAUGGAGUUCUUGAGGAAAUACUUUCCUGAGGAUGUUAGUGGCAAGAAGGAAAUAGAAUUCCUUGAGCUGAGACAAGGGAAUAGGUUGGUUGUUGAGUAUGCUACUAAGUUAAUUAUGAUGGACCAACUGGUGAAUUUUCAAAGUGCAUCAAGUUUGAGAAUGGAUUGCGCCCAGAAAUUAAGAAGGCAAUUAGUUAUCAGAAGAUUCGUGUCUUUGCCGAUUUGGUUGAUAGUUGUCCGAUCUAUGAGGAGGACAACAAUGCUCAUUAUCGGGUUAUUAGUGAGUGUAACACGGUGGGAGAACUGA